CCCUCGCCCUCCGGGUCGCGGGCGGGCGGGCGGGAUGUGGCGCCUGGUGCCCCCGAAGCUGGGCCGCCUGUCCCGCUCGCUGAAGCUGGUGGCGCUGGGCAGCCUGUUGGUGCUGAUGGUGCUGCACUCGCCGUCGCUGCUCGCCUCCUGGCAGCGCAACGAACUGACCGACCGGCGCUUCCUGCAGCUCAAUAAGUGCCCGGCGUGCUUCGGCACGAGCUGGUGCCGCCGCUUCCUCAACGGGCAGGUGGUGUUCGAGGCGUGGGGCCGCUUGCGCCUGCUGGACUUCCUCAACGUGAAGAACGUCUACUUCGCGCAGUACGGCGAGCCCCGCGAGGGCGGCCGCCGCCGAGUGGUGCUCAAGCGCCUCGGCUCGCAGCGCGAGCUGGCGCAGCUCGACCAGAGCAUCUGCAAGCGGGCCACCGGCCGGCCCCGCUGCGACCUGCUCCAGGCCAUGCCGCGCACCGAGUUCGCGCGCCUCAACGGCGACGUGCGCCUGCUCACGCCCGAGGCGGUGGAGGGCUGGUCGGACCUGGUGCACUGCCCCUCGCAGCGCCUGCUCGACCGCCUGGUGCGCCGCUACGCCGAGACCAAGGACUCGGGCAGCUUCCUGCUCCGCAACCUCAAGGACUCGGAGCGCAUGCAGCUGCUGCUGACCCUGGCCUUCAACCCCGAGCCGCUGGUGCUACAGAGUUUUCCAUCUGAUGAAGGUUGGCCAUUUGCAAAAUAUCUUGGGGCUUGUGGAAGAAUGGUGGCUGUCAAUUAUGUUGGAGAAGAACUUUGGAGUUACUUCAACGCACCAUGGGAGAAACGAGUUGACCUUGCCUGGCAGUUAAUGGAAAUAGCUGAGCAGCUUACAAACAAUGACUUUGAAUUUGCACUCUACCUCCUGGAUGUCAGCUUUGACAAUUUUGCAGUUGGUCCUCGAGAUGGGAAGGUAAUCAUUGUGGAUGCUGAAAAUGUUUUGGUUGCUGACAAAAGAUUAAUUAGACAAAAUAAACCUGAAAACUGGGAUGUAUGGUAUGAAAGCAAAUUUGAUGACUGUGAUAAGGAGGCUUGCUUAUCAUUUUCAAAAGAAAUUCUUUGUGCCCGUGUUACUGUGGACCACAAUUAUUAUGCUGUUUGUCAAAACCUCUUAUCCAGACAUGCCACCUGGCGUGGCACUUCUGGAGGACUCCUCCAUGACCCACCAAGUGAAAUUGCCAAAGAUGGCCGCCUCGAGGCCUUACUGGAUGAGUGUGCCAACCCAAAGAAGCGCUAUGGCAGAUUCCAGGCAGCAAAAGAACUGCGGGAAUAUCUAGCACAAUUAAGUAACAAUGUGAGGUAGUCUAUGGUGAACUUUUUUUUUUUUCUCCUUUCUUCAUUUAAACAGCACUGGCAAAACAACCACCAAAAACUAUCUGGAAAAAUUAAAUUUGGAAGUAUUACAUCAGAGGAUGAUAAACUUGCACUGAUAGAUCUUACAUUAACAUCCAUCAAAAUAAGACAUUACUUCAAAAUUCACAUGAUGCUUCUGCAAAUAAGUAUGUUCCUAUACUUUGGAAACUUGAGGUAUCAUUGACUGCUUUGUCCCCCUCCCCCCUGCCUGAGUGGAUUAAUGAAUAUUGUUAAGCUAUUGGAAAUGAGUCUGAUAGUUAUGUUGGCUGUGUAUCAAAGGAUACUUGGUAACUUAGUUUGCAUUACUAUCAUGAUUUUGUGAAUCUCUUGCAUUUUACUUUGAAUGUCAAGUUAGAUUGGCCUGUUUUAUAGGCCCCUUUUCCUUCUGGUGUAUAGGUUGUUGUUUUUUUUUUUUUCUGCCAUUUUUAUGGGUUUUUAAAUUAAAUUUACACAUUCAGGUUACUGUAGAUGUUCAUUUAAAUUUUAAUUAGUGUUCAUUCAGUGCUAUGCGGUACAUAUUUACUGUUAGGGCAGGAUUCCCAGGUUUACUGUGUUUUUUUCAGAAAGCUGAAUAUUUUAUUAUGUAAAUAAUUUUCCCCUCACCUGUGGUUUUACCAUUGCAUGAUAUAAUUUCAGGUUAUUAAAAGUUACAUCCCUCUAUGCCAAUAAUUAUAAUGUACACUGAACAUGAAGUGUAGCAUAUGUUGCAAAAUGUCACACUAAAUGGCUUUAACAAGUAUAUACUAUAUACUAGCAAUCUACACCUUGAUGGUAAUUUUGGUUCAGAAAUAAAUAAACCAGUAUUUUAAAAAAUUCAGCUAGCCCAAGAUAGUAAUUCAUAUGCCAAAGAAAUUUUAGACUUAGUCCUAUGUUUAGAAUUUAAAAUAGAAUUCACCUUCUUAACCUUUCUUAUCCAAUAUCUUAGCUAUCAUUAAAAUCAAAUCUCCCUGUUUACUCUCUAAUGUUGGCAAUUAAACUCCUGCUUUCAAGAAUAUGUAACUUAAAGAUAUUCAUUGGUAGUUUUGCAGAAUUAACAUGAUAGUCAUAAUUUGAGUGUAAUCAGGUAUUAGAAUCUUUUAUUUAUUUAUGGACCAGUAAUUUUUAUCAUGAAGCUAGUCUGCCCACUGGGGGCUUCCUCCAAUUGCUAAACAUCAAAACUCAGUCUGUGGAUAAAAACUAACAAAUGUGUGAAUUUUGUAGUCUAUUUAAAAAAAAUCUAUAAGUUGACUAUCACUAACAUAAGUAAUAUUUUUCUGUUUGAAGCAAUUUUGUUUACAGCAAAAUUUGGCGUAGUAUGCAGUAGUUAGUUCUAGACUGACUUUAUCUAAGUAAAAAAGUAAUUAAUUAUGCACAACCAAAGCCAAGUUUUGCUUUUUCAUUAAUUGAGCAACUAUUUAUUGAACAUCAACUCUGUGCCAGGCACAUUAGUAGCUGCUAUACACCUUCUGAACAUAGACAUGGUUAAGUAACUUCAUCAAGUAUUUUAAUGUAGGUAUUUCUUACAUUGUAAAAACAUUAAUUAGUAUGAUGCGUUCCCAUUAUUUGAUUAUUGUGAUAGAAAUUCUACUUGCACUACCUAAAAUUAGAUUGCCACACACACACACACACACACACACACACACACACACACACAGGCAGAUGAAAUCAAUAUUUAAAUCCAGUUUAAAAACUGAAAGAAAAAGGACAAGAGAUCUUCAUUUUGAAAUAGAUUGCAUUAUGUUAAUUUUUAUACAUCAAUACAUUGCAUAGCUCUCAAUGAAAUGUCUUAAGUGCUGAAGAUAUUACUAAGUUGACUUUUUACAACUUUGGAAAGUGUUUGUGGGAAUAAGAAAAUCUUUUUUCCAACAUUCACCUCUUACUCAACAUUACAAAUAAAAUAUAAAAUUCCAAAACAGAACAUCUUUUAUAUUUGAUAAAUAUUCAUUACAAAUCUUAGAAUGCCAGUUGCAGGGGAGUUGUCUGUGAUUUAGUAAACGUUUCUCUUACAUUUUGGAGGAGUGAGUGUGGUUGCAGUUGCAGAGUAGUGAGUGAGAGAACACUGCCAGCAGUGAUUGCUUUUGAGGUAGUUUCUUACAACUACCAUUCCCCUUCAUGAGAUUAUGUGAAAUUUCUUUUUAUCUUUGGAAAAGAUUGAGGAGAAGAUAGUAAAAGAAUUAGGAAUUUUAAAUUACAGGGAAAAAUAUGUAUGUGAAAAGCAAUAAAUAUUUUGUUCACUUUGCUAUCAAGAUGUUCACUAUCAGAUAUUUAUUAUACAGCAACAAUUUAUAUUUUUAAUCAUUGCCCAUUAAUAGACGCAGUAAAAUAUUUUUGAAUCAGACAUUUGGGGUUUGUAUGUGCAUUAAAAUUGUCUUUUGUACUGUAAGUUACUGUUUAAUUUGAAUAUUUUAUCAGAACUGUCU